AUGGAGGUUGAAACUAACUACAAUGCUGAUGCAUUGCGAACGACCGAAUAUCCUAUGCUUAAGGGAGAGGUAUACCUGGACCAUACAGGAACUACUGUUUAUGCGCAGUCUGCCCUCAAGAGCUUCGUUAACGAAAUGUCACUCAGCCUUCUGGGAAAUCCGCACAGCGAUUCCAGGUCUUCUCGACUCUCCACCCUGAAGGUCGAAGAAGUACGGAAGAGUGCUUUAUCAUUCUUCGGCGCCGAUCCGGAACAUUUUGACUUGGUAUUUGUGAUGAAUGCUACAGCGGCAGUGAAGCUCGUUCUCGAUGCGCUAAAGGACCUGCCCACAUCACAGAGCCCGGAGAAGACCUUUAGGGGCCCGGGGCUCUGGUUUGGAUACCAUCUGGAGUCUCACACAAGCAUCGUGGGCGGACGCGAGCUAGCCGAUGCUGGACAUCAUUGCUUUCUAUCGGAUGAGGAAGUAGACUCUUGGCUGAGGCCUGCUCCCUUUGAGAAAGAGACUGACAGAUGUCCGGGUCAAGCGUCUAAGACAUUUCACGUUGGCUUAUUCGCUUACCCAGGACAGUCGAACAUGACUGGACGACGCCUCCCUCUUGCAUGGCCCGGAAUUCUGCGACAGUCGGAAUAUGGGUCGCAUCAUAGAGUUUUCACUCUGCUAGAUGCUGCAGCGCUGGCCUCGACCGCGUCCCUAGAUUGCUUCCGUGAUCCAGACGCAGCACCAGACUUUACGGCCGUCAGCUUCUACAAAAUAUUUGGCUUUCCUGACCUAGGAGGGUUAAUUAUCCGCAAGCAGUCUGCUCACGUUCUGCUCCAACGCUCGUAUUUCGGUGGAGGCACCGUCGAGAUGGUCACUUGCUCGGACCAGCCUUGGCAUUCCAGAAAGCCGACAGAUAAUCAUGAGGCUCUCGAGGAUGGGACAGUGCCGUUCCACAAUAUCAUUGCGCUAGGCUGUGCCCUUGCUACGCAUGAGAAGUUAUACGGCUCCCAGGAUCAUGUGUCAAGGUAUACAACCGGUCUCACAGCGCACCUUGCCCAUCUGCUCUCCUCCCUGCGUCAUCCGAACGGCGUGAGGGUGUGCCAGAUCUACCAAGAUCCGCAUGCCUCGUAUAGCGAUAGCAAGACGCAGGGCUCUAUCGUCGCGUUCAAUGUCCGCUCUGACGAUGAGCGAUGGCUCCGACUCUCUCAUGUUGAGGAAGCUGCCAAUGAGCACCGGAUUCAUCUUCGCACGGGUACGGUAUGUAACCCGGGAGGGCUAGCAAAAGCCCUGAACCUGGAACAGUGGGAACUCUUCCAGAACUACACAGCGGGUGUUCGAUGCGGAUGUCGCAGCGUGCUUGUCGGCCAUAAGCCUUCCGGGAUCAUUCGCGUCAGCUUGGGUGCUAUGAGCACUUUGAGUGAUGUGGAGAGCUGCGUCAAGUUUAUCCACUCCAUCUCUGUGGCCUCGUCAUUCCCCCGGCUAGACCCUCCGCCUCUUCGACCCUCGCAGACGCUGUACGUUCAUCAACUCAUUGUUUAUCCUAUCAAAGGAUGCGCUGGGUACCUCAUCCCCGAGAAAAUGUCUUGGAACGUCUCUUCAACCGGUCUUCAGUGGGACCGACAAUGGUGCCUGGUCAAUUUGGAGACUGGAUUGCUGCUUGACCAGAAGGCCGCGCCUCACCUCUUAUUGAUUCAGCCAGAGAUAUAUACUGCCAGCGAGGAACUACACAUCAGCGUUCACCACUCGCUACAGAAGCAGCCCAAACUCCGGAAAACUAUAAAGGUCCCACUCGCCGACCUGCCGCCCGGGCCUAAGAUGGAAGCUCCCGUCUAUUGGACCACGGUCACUAAGGAGGUGAGAAGCCACACCAGUGACACGGUCCACCAGGUCCGGGUCUAUCAGUCUCCUGAUAUCACAAGCUUCUUUACAACAGCAACUGGCGUACCGUGCACACUGGCGAGAAUUGUCGGCCUAGAAAACUUUCAGGGAUCAUCGCAGUGGCGCAAAGAACCUACUGUACCGCGGACAUCCAAACUGACGGCGUUUUAUAACAAACCCUGCAAAGCCGAUCAACAUCCAGUGCCUGUCUCAGUGGCCAAGUCGCACGUUCGACGGUCCCGCUCACUUCCAGUAGCCUUAACGGAAACAUUACGUGUCAAUGCUUUAUUGUAUUCUGAUACGAUUGACCGCCCGACAUAUUGUUUGCUGCGCAUUGAAGGUAGAGGUCAGGACGAGUCCCAACCCUUUCAGUUCACACGAAUGAAGGCAAUGGAGAUAACCGCUGAACGACAAAGUCCUGAGAUUUUCAAAGCUACUAGUACGGCGGGACAAAUUGUUUGGAAGUCUGACAAUGUUGACGGUGAAGAUGAUAGAAAAGAGAAUACACCCUCUGUAGAUAGGAUUUUCCCUAUUUACAAGGGCCAGAUGGUGCAGUUCUAG